CUUCAGUGUGAAUUUCUCUUCUGCAUCAAAAUUAAAACAGUUGAUUUCCGAGUUCUUCCACAUGUGUUUAGUGUUUUCUGGAUUAUUUUUACCAUGUCCCAGCUGGAAAGUCACUGUGAACAUGAAGAGAAACACGAAGAAGACAUUAUUCAAUCCACGAUUGGUAAUUUCGGCCGUUGGCAAUUCAAAAUUUCGGCCCUAAUGGCCCUUCUCAAAUUCCCCAUUGCUUGGUUUCAAAUGAGUAUCGUUUUUUUGGCACCACCAACACAAUUCUGGUGCAAAUCAAACGAAUGGUCGCAACAAAACCACACUUUCCUGAGACACGAAGGUCUCAAUUCGGGUUUUUGCCACAGCCUUGUCAACAACACACUAACCACUUGCCCAAACGGUUACGAAUACAACAAAACGGUUUUCCAUUCGAGUAUUAUCACGGAAUGGAAUUUGGUUUGUGAGGAUAAACGACUUGUGGAUGUGUCUCAAAUUUCUCUCAUGUUUGGGGUUUUAUUAGGCAAUAUACUGUUUGGAGUAAUUGGCGAUCGUCAUGGAAGAAAAAAAACUUUGAUUGUUUGUAUUGUUCUUCAGUCACUUUUCGGGAUUUUAGCCUCACAAAUCCCUUGGUAUUGGGGAUUUAUAGUGACAAGAUUUCUCCUAGCUAUAGCCAAUGGUGGAACAAUUGUUAUUUCUUUUGUCAUGUGUAUGGAGGCAGUUGGUGGGACUUGGAGGAGUAUUGUACCAAUCCUAUACCAAAUACCAUAUGGGUUUGGUAACUCUAUAAUGGCCGGGAUUGCGUAUUUCCACCGGGAUUGGAGAGAUCUACACUUGACAUUAUCCCUAAUUUCCUCUUUUUACAUUCUUUACUUAUGGUUUGUUCCUGAAUCACCUCGUUGGUUGUUAGCAAUAGGAAAAAAAACUGAAGCUAUCGAAAUCCUCGAAAAGGCAGCAAAAUGUAACAAAAUGGAUAGCGACAAUGUCAAAACUGUUGCCAAUAGAUUAUCCCCCGAUGUGAGAAAAGAAAAUAAACCAAAACUUGCGGCACUAUUCGCUACGACAGAGCUAACGAAGAGGAAUGUUUUAUUGUGCAUCAACUGGUUAAUUGCUGGAAUAACGUUCUACGCUUUUUCGCAAUAUAUAGGAAAAGUGGGUAGCAAUCUUUAUUUCACAGCAGCUAUUAGUGGUUUUGUGGCUUUUCCGGGGACUCUUCUUUGCGUCUUCAUCAUACGACGUUUUGGAAGAAGACUAACCAUAGCCUUGGCCCAUAUUUUGACCGCGUUUUGUUUCUUUGGGAUUCUUGCAGUGCCUCUGGGUGUUUAUUACCAGGACUGGCCUCGGGUUGUUAUCGCCGGAGUGGGAAUCGUGGGAUUAUCGAUUUCAAUGCCUGCGUUGUAUUUGUUUACCGGAGAGUUGUUUCCAACUACUGUAAGAAAUGCGGGAGUUGGAACGUCGGUUAUGUUUUCAAGGAUGGGUUCUAUGAUUUCUCCCUUAGUUAUCAGUAUGCAGGAUAUAUCACCCUCUUUACCUCUUAUUGUUUUGGGUGUAGGAGCAAUUUUGGAAACAUUUCUUAUUCUGCUUUUGCCAGAAACUAAAGGAAUGCCACUACCAGAAACUAUUGAUGAUUUGAACGUAACAGUUAAUAAGAUUGACGACAGGAAAGAUACUAUGUGUUAUAUCUCCUUGCCGACUAUUUUGAAAGACACUUCUCUAGAUAUUAACAAAUAGUUGGAAAAUUGAUAUCAUAAUGCUUAGAAUUGCCGUCAGAUGUGAUCUUAUAUUCUUGUAGAUAAAUUAUAUAUAAAAUAAUUAUUUUUGAAAGAAAAGCAAGAUUUUUACUGUU